AUGUCUGACGAAGUCGCGAUCAUCGUCAAACAUAAAUCAACCAAGGCUAUCAUAAUUUUCUUGCUGAACCGGUAUUCUUUGGUCAUGUUCUCAGCGGCAGCACUCGCAGACUUUCUUCCUUGGGAUACACAGCUGUAUCAGAGGCUUUUCUAUCUUGCGUGUUCACGCAUUACUUUAACGGCGUUCCUGCUGGGAAUUCUGACAGUCGCUGUCAAUUUAUACCUGUACAUUGCAAGGCAUUAUGAAGGUGUGACACGAGCUGCUGGCAUGCCAUUCUGUAUCUUCAAGAAGUACUAUUCAUCGACAAUUUAUACCGAGUGUACGCAAACUGAACACUAUGACGUUGACGCUGCAUUGACCUCAUCCGAUGUGUACAGUGGCAUUAGGUCCUUUGACAUGUUGGUUCUUGUCGUAUUCUGGUACAAAACAUACGGGAUCAGGCAAGACGCAAAGAAAGCCAAUACCACUCACAGACCUCUACUGUUUUAUGGGCUGAAAGGGAGAUUUAGUGCUCUGCUCGUCCUCAACCUAUCUGAGAUCAUUCUCAUUGAGGAGGCCUUCGCGUAUCAGACAGACUUCAUUGCGCCCUGUGGUUUCACGCAGGAUAUCGUCGAUGAUCAUCCAACAGUGCAUUAUUAA